UCCGGGCUGAGUUGUGGUGAGGAUGAAGUUGCUGUUGGAGCUGGUGGUGUCUGUCUGUUUCCGGGAUGAAUGCGCCGCCGGCUUUCGAGAGUUUUCUGCUUUUCGAGGGAGAGAAGAAGAUAACAAUAAUAAAAGACACAAAAGUACCAAAUGCCUGCUUGUUCACCAUUAACAAGGAGGACCACACCCUGGGUAACACAAUCAGAUCGCAGCUGCUGAAAGAUCCUCAGGUGUUAUUUGCAGGUUACAAGGUCCCCCAUCCUCUAGAACACAAAAUUGUUAUUCGUGUGCAGACCACUCCUGACUACAGUCCACAAGAAGCCUUUACAAACGCCAUCACCGAUCUGAUCAGUGAACUGUCACUAUUGGAGGAACGGUUCAGAGUUGCCAUCAAAGACAAACAAGAAGGAAUUGAAUGAGUUGCCAUAUUUUGAAUAUUAACAUGCAGGUGGUUUCCUCUUACAUAAAAAGGUUAUUUGACCUAAGAAAAGCAAAAUACUACAGAUGCUGGAAAUCUGGAAUGAACAUGGAAAACACUGGAGAAACUCCUUCAGGAUCUGAAAGCAUCUGGAGAGAGAAGCAGAGUUGAUCACACAGUCCAGUAUGAUUUCUUCAGAAAUGAAUUUCCGACAGUCAUACUGAACUCAACAUUAACUCUGCUUUUCCCUCUCCAACCCUUGAUUGUAUUUGUCUUUUUUUAAAAAAAAACAUUAAAUCAUUGUUUUGCUUGUG